AUGUGGGGGCUGUUGAUCAUCAUCUGCUGGUUCUUCUUGAUCCUUCUCGAACUUUAUGUGCCCGUCACUCGAUGGGAAGGUAUCGAAGUCGGCAAAACUUAUCAGUACCACGGCAACUCUCUUGUGGGAUGGAGACAGAACAUCCUGCAGUUCGUGCCGUGGAUAGUGUUGCACCCUUUCGCUGUAUUGACCGGCAACCUCGAUUACGCAGACUACCGCAACACUCUACACUGGGUGACUAUAAACCAAAGCCACAAUGAGCACAACUUGAAUACACUCGCACAGGCCGUUGGGCAAUUGCGCAAGAUUCUUCCAGAGCUCAUCAAAGUCGAUGCAGACAUCGCGACUUCUGAGUGGAAGGUACAGGACGAGUUCUGGCAUGCCUUAAACGAGGAGAUGAAAAAGGGAGGCUUGAUGUGGUAUCUGCUGAGCGUUCAUAAAGACAGCAAUGGCUCUUAUGCCAUCUCUGACACGCACUGGGAUGCCAUCAAGCAGCGAAUACAGAACGAAGAUCCUCUCGCAAUGAGCAACGAGGUUAUGAGCUAUGUGGACACGUCUGUUUCCAAAUCCUUCCACGAUUGGCUUACGAAGAACGCGGACGCGGUGCGGAAAGCGCAAGGCGCGGUAAAGGGCGAACCGAGUUCCUCCUACACAGAUCUCUACGGUGAUGGCGACAAGGCAGUCGCUGCGCGCCUCAAAGAACUUGGCCUGGAAGAGCGGGUCAUUACCAGAGAAGAGUUUCUAUCCAAGAUUCAAGAACUCCGCGAUCGUGACGCCAAUGUUCAGGACCAAAUGAAGGUUAUGAAUGACAAGCUUGGACAGGCACUCGGUAUUGCCAUGGAGGCCAAGAAUUCUGCCCAACUCCCGCCAGGGCUGAGCCGCGCCGAGGUCGAUGCUAUUGUUGCUGAAACAGUCCGCCGAACCGUUGCAGAAGCCCAACUGGAAGCUUUAGCCAAGGGCUCUAUCAAGUCUCACCUCAAUAGCAAUCUCCUCGCGCAGAAGAACUACUUUAGUACUAUUCGAGGAGCUCUUGUCGAUCCGCGCCUGACUUCAGAUACAUUCGAUUGGAGAAUUCUGAGGGAUGCCAAGCAGCAGGGCGAGUCUAAGAUUAGAUUUUUCAGCUUGGGGUCUUCAAAGAACGACAAGGAGCACCCGGUUUUCCGCCGUGGAGGGAAGUACAGCGGCCUCCCUUUUGCUCCAUCCUUUGCGCUGGAAAAGUGGGAAGAGGACGGAGAGUGUUGGUGCGGUGGACAUAAGGAUGACACGCACGUUGUAGAUCUGUCCAUCUUCACUGCCGCGUCCGUCGUACCGCAAUACCUUGUUGUCGAGCACAUCGACCGCGGCUCUACGUUUGACUGGGAAUCCAUGCCCAAGGAACUCGAAUUCUGGAUCAAGGCCCCAGAAGACAGUACGCAGCGCAAGCUGACUGCUUGGAGCAAGAAGCAUUGGGGCGAUGCCUUUGCCGGGCCGGGAUGGACACUCGCAGAGAAGGGUUUCGUCAAGGUCGGUCAAUUCGACUUCGACUCUGGAGUGGGGAAGGGCGAGAGCCAGGUGUUCAAGUUGCCCAAUGAACUGGUGGACUAUGGAAUCCGAACUGAACAGGUGCUGGUGCGCGCGAAGAGCAACUACGGAGCAGACGAUCAUACUUGUUUCUACCGGCUGCGCCUCUUUGGCCUCGAGCCAGGCGAGGACAAGCACGACGAAGCCUCUGACUAG